UAAAUAACGACUUUUUCUGUCUGCUAAAAAACCAAUCUCACCCUCUAUUUCUCUGUCAUUCCGUUUCGGUUUCGUUUCGUUUCGUUCGGUUGGUCUUCAUCGUCGUCAUCAUCAUCUUCUUCAUAAUUCAUUAUUCAUAUUAUUUCCAUACCUUCUUUCUUUCUGUCUGAAACUCAGCUGUCUCUUUCUCUCUCUCUCUCUCUCUCUCUCUCUCUCUCUGUGAAUUACAAAUCUCAAAAGGAAAAGUUAGAGAGAGAAGCGCACACACGCAGCAAUAAUUCACUUUUCUUUCCAACUCUCUCUUUAUUGCCAGCUCUGGUAGCUCGUCCUUCCCAUACCCAUUUCCCAUCUCUCUCUCCCUCUCUCUCUCACCCCACCACCUGCCAUCAUUAAAUUACACACAGAGAUCCAUUUCAGAUACGCAAUUCAAAGAAAUUCUGCCUUUCUUGAAAGUAACAUUCUUACAAAGGAUUUCAGGCAAUGUCUAGCUCUGCAAAAGCUUUGGAUCCGGCGUUUCAGGGAGCAGGUCAAAGAGUAGGGACUGAAAUUUGGCGAAUUGAGAAUUUCCAGCCAGUUCCUUUGCCGAAAUCUGAACAUGGAAAAUUCUAUACAGGGGAUUCUUAUAUAGUCUUGCAGACAACACAAAACAGAGGAGGUGCUUAUCUCUAUGACAUACACUUCUGGAUUGGGAAAGAUACAAGUCAGGAUGAAGCUGGGACAGCAGCUAUUAAAACUGUUGAACUAGACGCAGUUCUUGGAGGACGUGCAGUGCAACAUAGAGAAAUUCAAGGCCACGAAUCUGACAAAUUUUUGUCAUACUUCAAACCUUGCAUUAUACCAUUGGAGGGGGGUAUUGCAUCUGGAUUUACAAAGGUUGAGGAAGAAGAAUUUGAAACUCGAUUGUAUGUCUGCAAAGGAAAACGAGUUGUUAGAAUGAAGCAGGUUCCUUUCGCGCGUUCUUCACUGAAUCAUGAUGAUGUGUUCAUCCUGGAUACUCAGAAUAAGGUCUUUCAGUUCAAUGGAGCAAAUUCCAAUAUCCAGGAAAGGGCGAAGGCUUUGGAAGUAAUCCAGUUUUUGAAGGAAAAGUAUCAUCAUGGGACCUGUGAUGUUGCAAUAGUUGAUGAUGGGAAGCUAGAUACAGAGUCUGACUCUGGUGAGUUCUGGGUCCUAAUGGGUGGUUUUGCUCCAAUUGGAAAGAAGGUAACCACUGAAGAUGAUGUAGUUCCAGAGGCCACUCCUCCUACACUUUAUAGCAUAACUGGUGGUGAAGUGAAGGCCGUAGAAGGUGAACUGUCCAAAUCCUUGCUUGAAAACAACAAAUGCUACUUACUGGACUGUGGUUCUGAGGUAUUUGUUUGGGUUGGCCGGGUGACACAAGUGGAGGACAGAAAAGCUGUUAGCCAAACAGCUGAGGAAUUUCUUGCUAGUCAGAACAGACCAAAAUCAACACGAAUAACCCGGGUUAUUCAAGGUUAUGAGACACAUUCAUUCAAGUCCAACUUCGAUUCUUGGCCAUCAGGAUCAGCAACUUCUGGUACUGAGGAGGGAAGAGGAAAAGUAGCAGCUUUGCUGAAGCAACAAGGCGUUGGUCUAAAGGGCAUUGCAAAAAGUGCUCCCGUAACUGAGGAGGUCCCACCUUUGCUUGAAGGAGGUGGAAAGAUCGAGGUAUGGUUUAUCAAUGGUGGUGCCAAAACUCCUUUGCCUAAGGAGGAUAUUGGUAAAUUUUAUAGUGGAGAUUGCUACAUCAUUCUUUACACGUACCACUCUGGUGAUAGAAAAGAAGAUUACUUUUUGUGCUGUUGGUUUGGAAAGGAUAGUAUUGAGGAGGACCAGAAAAUUGCUUCUCAUUUGGCUAACACGAUGUCCAACUCACUGAAGGGAAGACCAGUUCAGGGUCACAUAUUUCAAGGAAAAGAGCCACCACAGUUAAUAGCACUCUUUCAGCCUAUGGUGGUCCUGAAGGGUGGCUUGAGCUCUGGUUACAAAAAACAUGUUGAGGAGAAAGGUUUGACGGAUGAGACUUAUACAGAGGAUUGUGUUGCACUCUUUCGGUUAUCUGGAACUUCUGUUCAUAACAAUAAAACAGUGCAAGUUGAUGCGGUGGCAGCGUCAUUGAAUUCUACCGAGUGCUUCCUUCUGCAAUCUGGCUCCUCAAUUUUCGCUUGGAAUGGAAAUCAAUGCACCAUUGAGCAGCAACAAUUAUUAGCAAAACUUGCAGAAUUUUUGAAGCCAGGAGUCACUUUAAAACAUGCUAAAGAGGGAACUGAGAGCUCAGCCUUCUGGUUUGCUCUAGGAGGGAAACAAAGUUACACCAGUAAUAAAGUUUCUCAGGAGAUUGUCAGAGAUCCCCACCUAUUCUCAUUCUCAUUCAACAAAGGAAAGUUUCAGGUGGAAGAAAUUUACAACUUUACUCAAGAUGAUCUGCUGACAGAGGACAUCCUUAUACUUGACACGCAUGCUGAAGUGUUUGUUUGGGUUGGUCAAUGUGUAGACUUGAAAGAAAAGCAAAAUGCUUUUGAAAUUGGCAAGAAAUACAUAGCGAUGGCGGCAUCUCUCGAGGGGCUGCCUCAUAAUGUACCAUUAUAUAAAGUUACUGAAGGAAAUGAACCUCGCUUCUUCACAAUAUACUUUGCAUGGGAUUAUGCAAAAGCCACUGUUCAAGGAAACUCAUUCCAAAAGAAGGUGUCAAUUCUCUUUGGGAUUGGCCAUGCUGUGGAGGACAAGUCCAGUGGGAAUCAAGGAGGACCAAGGCAAAGAGCUGAAGCCUUAGCUGCUUUAUCAUCUGCAUUCAAUCCAUCCUCCGGAAAAUCAUCCCAUACGGGCCAGGAUAAGUCCAAUGGAUCGAGUGAAGGAGGACCAAGGCAAAGAGCAGAAGCUUUAGCGGCUUUAUCUUCUGCAUUUAGUUCAUCCUCUGGAACCAAACCAUCUCUUCCCAAGCCUUCUGCAACGGGUCAAGGAUCACAAAGAGCUGCAGCAGUUGCUGCACUUUCAAAUGUUCUUAAAGCUGAAAAGACUAAGCUAACACCCGAUGCCUCUCCUGUGCAAAGUCCUCCCUCCGAAACUAGUGCUUCUGCUGAAGCAAAAAGUGAAAAUGCUUUCUCUGAAACAGAUGGUUCUCAGGAAGUUCCUGAAGUCAAGGAGACUGGUGAAGCACCUGCAUCUGAAAGCAAUGGGGAUGAUUCAGAACCAAAGACAGUGCAGGAUGAGAUUGAUUGUGAAAGUCAAAGUACUUUCAGUUAUGACCAACUAAGGGCUAAAUCGGAAAAUCCAGUAACCGGCAUUGAUUUUAAGAGAAGAGAGGCUUAUCUAUCAGAGGAGGAGUUUCAGACCAUAUUUGGGAUGGCAAAAGAUGCAUUCUAUCAACUGCCGAAAUGGAAGCAAGACAUGCAGAAGAAGAAAGCUGAUUUGUUCUAGAGGCCGAAAUUCGUUAGAAUGAGUGCUUUUUCUGUGUUUAUUUGCCUCCUAACUUGCAAUUCAUUCAUUUUGAUCAAUUCUUCUCUGUGGGGGUAAUUGUGGGUUUUCUGGUUCGUGAUGGUGGCGCCUGGAUUUCUGUCUCGCACUUUGCUCUUGAUGAACAUAGCGUUGUGGUUAGUAUCAGUAUUGAUUGAGAUGCUGCCUAAAGAGUGAUUUUUAUCUUAUUUUUCCUUUCUUAACUGCUGCUGGCUCUUGUAGUGAUCACAGAUGAUAGUCUUAUGGACAGCGCGCAGGUCAAAUUCUUUUAUUUGCUCCAUAUGUAUUUCAUUUUGGGGUUUCCCCAACUAUUUUUUUGAUUUUAUUUUUUAGUUUGUUAAAAGGGGGGUUGUAUAUGUAA